CUGGCACUCUCAGUCAGUCCUGACUCCUACCUACUACGCUCCGAUGUCUGCGGUACCGUGCGCCUGGGUUUGGAUUUGGGCGGGGUCGUCGACGCUCGUCGUCUCGCUCGCGUGUCUCGCGCGCCUUCCGCUCCCUCCCUCCAUCACCGCGCGCACCGAGAUCUUCCGGCCCUUCCUGAAGCUCGAGGAGGCCGAGGCCAUCGUUUCAUGCGAGGAGCACAGGGACACGGACGGCGCACGCGACGACAAUGAUGACGACGACGAAACCAAGUCGCACGCGGCGACCGCUCGCCGCGCUUGGAUGCUGGCCGCGGGGGGGCUCGCACAGGCCCUCGCGUGGACCCUCGCAGGCGUCCUGUCGCUGCUCCCGGCGUAUACCCCGGACGCGCCGCCUUCCGCCGCGGUGCUCCUCGUCGCGGCGUCGUGGGUGUACGCCACCGCGCGCCCGAUGCUGCGCCCUCCGUCCGUCACGGCGCCGUACGACUUGUUUGCGCUGUACGUGGUGUACGUCUGCGGCGGGCUGGGUGCACUGGGCGCGCUGUUCUUCCAGGGGCAGAUCCAGAGCCGGGUCGUCGACAUGCCGCCACACCAGAUCCCGAUGCCCCACCCGAUGCUCGCUGUCGAGCGGUCCUUUCCUCCUCUCGCGUGGGCUUUGUCAGGGUCGACGCUCGUCGCGGCGCUGCUUCUCGUCGCGGUCCUGCGCAUGCCCGUGGGUGUUCCGUCGACGCGGGUCCGCAAGGCCGAUAUCGGGGUCUCGGUGUCGCCGGAGGACUACACGUCGCUGUGGGGCUGGAUCGUGUUCAGCUGGGUGUACCCCAUGAUCAGACGCGGCUCGCACUCGACGUUGGACUUUAACGAUGUGUGGAAACUCAGCGCGACCAAUGCGUCGCGCGCGAUAUUCUGGAAGUUUCAGCAGACGCCUGCCACGUCCCUGCUGAUGAAGAUCGCGCGUGCCAACGCGCUUGACCUGACCAUCGAGUUUCUCGGGACGCUAGUUUGCAUCGCGUUAGAUUUUUCGAACCCGUACUUUCUCAAACGUCUGCUCGACCUGCUGGAUCAGCCGCACCUGACUCGAGCGGACCGGGCGUUCGCGUAUCUCUACGCUGGGGCCAUCUUCGGCGUGUGGCUGCUGAAUGCAGAGCUGUCUGUCCAGCAUCUCUGGUACCAACGCCGGGCGUCGCUCCGCGUGCGCUCCGAGCUGAUGGCGGCGAUCUACGACAAGACGCUGCGGCGGAAGGACCGCAGUUCUGUUACCAAGUCGGCGGACGGGGCCAAGUCGGCGGCAGAUACGGGCAAGAUCAUGAACAUGAUGUCGACCGACGCGGAGCAGAUGUCCGCCAUGACUUCGCUACUGUUCCUCCUCUAUGGCUCUCCGACGCGGAUCGUGGUCGGGGGGAUCUUCCUGUACCAGAUCCUCGGCUGGAGCGCCUUUGCCGGCUUCGUGGUGUUCCUCGCCAGCUGGCCGCUGAACAAGUUCUUCUCGCAACGAGGCACGAAGAUCAGCCGCGCGCGGUCGCAGGCCGCGGACGAGCGCAUGGGGCUCGUCAGCGAGCUCGUCGCGGCGAUCAAGUUCGUCAAGUUCUUCGCGUGGGAGACGAAAUGGACCGCGAAGGUGAUGGCCGCGAGAGAGGCGGAGCUCAAGUGGCUGGCGAAACUGCGCCUGAACUCCAUCAUGUUCACCGCGCUGUUCAUCUCCGUCCCCAUCUCGCUGUCCGUCGCGUCGUUCUGCUGCUACAUCCUGCUCGGAAACGAGCUGACGGUCAGCAAAGCCUUUACGGCUAUCGCGUUGUUCGGCAUGAUCAGACAGCCGAUCAGCACGUUCCCCGGGUUCAUCGUAGACCUGAUCCAAGCUCGCGUGGGCUUGAACCGGAUUGCGGACUACCUGGAAGAGGAGGAGGUCUCUGACCAAGUCUCCUCUCUCAAGCGGGAUGUUGUCGUCCCCUCGACCGGUGCGGACGGGGGACUGGGUCUUGACCGCGCCACUCUGCACUGGAACGGCGGAUCGAGCGACGCACAGCAGCGGUUCGCGCUCCACGAUGUUUCCGUCGUGUUCCCAGAGGGCAAGUUAUCCGUGGUGACCGGCCCCACCGCGAGCGGCAAGUCCGCUCUGCUUAUGGCGUUGAUGGGCGAGAUGACCAUGGUGCAGGGCAGCCUGCUGCUCGACAAGAGCGGCGGGGCGGACGACGACGGGCUGGUUCGGGGAGUCGCAUACGCGGCCCAGACGCCCUGGCUGCAGCACCGCUCGAUCCGAGACAACAUCCUCUUCGGGUCCGCGAUGGACCGGGCGCGGUACGACGCGGCCGUGCGCUGCUGUGCGCUGGACCCGGAUUUCGCGAUGCUGGAGGACGGGGAUAGGACUGAGAUCGGGGUCAACGGCGUGUCGUUGUCCGGCGGCCAGAAAGCACGAGUCGCACUUGCGAGGGCGGUAUACUCGCGGAAAAAAUAUGUGUUGCUGGAUGAUCCGCUGAGUGCCGUGGACAGCCACACCGCUCGCUUCCUCUACGAACAAUGUCUGCGGGGCUCCUUGCUAGCCAAACGGACCGUCGUCCUGGUCACCCACCACGUGCAUCUCGUCGCGCCCGGCGCGGACUACCUCGUCCGGAUGCGCGAUGGGAAAGUCGACUCGCAGGGCCCUGUGGCCGACCUCCGAGCGCGGGGUCUGCUGGACGACAUCGUCGAGCUGGAGCAGGCGGUCGUCGCGCAAGAGAAGGUAGCUCAAGCCGCGCAGGAAGUGAAGCAGGGAGGCCGGACGGAGGAGAGGAAGGAGCCGCGAAAGCUGGUCGAGGAUGAGAAGCGAGAAUCCGGGCGUGUCAAGGUCUCUGUGUACCGCGAGUACCUCUCCGCGUCCGGGUACCACAUCUGGGCGGCGGUGGUGCUGCUGAUCGCGUUCAAGCAGAUGCGCAUUGUGGGGGAGAAGCUCUGGAUCAAGUUCUGGACCGAGGCUUAUGAAGAUGAGCCUGGUGUCACUGCACUGCCGAGCGCCAACGAGCACCCGCUGUUCUACAUCGGCGUCUACACGCUCAUCCAGGUGCUGUGGAUCGUGCUGCAGGUGUCGACCGUCGCGUUGCAGAGGACCGCAGCGUUGCGGGCGUCGAAAGUGAUGUUCCGCCGCCUUCUCGACAAAGUGGUGGGCGCGACGUUCCGGUUCCACGAUACGACGCCGGCGGGCCGGAUACUGAACCGGUUCAGCAAGGACUUUACGACCAUCGACACGAGUCUGGCGCUGAUGCUUGGGUCCGUGAUGGAGACGAUCGCGGGGUUGGUGUUCCCCGUACUGACUGCCGCCGUCAUUUUCCCCGCAUACAUCCUGCCCGCCUCCCUCUUCGCGCUGGUGUACUACUUCCUCGUGAUCGGCUACGUGCGGACGGGGCGCGAUCUCCGGCGCAUGGAGUCGACGACGCGGUCGCCGAUCUUCUCCAACUUUGGUGAGCUGCUGCAGAUGGGCGGGCUGGUGACGGUGCGGGCGUUUGGCGCGGAGGGCCGGUACAUGGACCGGCUGCAUGCGCAGGUGGAUCUGAUGACGAGUGUUUGGUAUGCGUUCUGGAUGGCGAACCGGUGGCUGCUGUUUAACUCGGAUCUGUUGAGUGGAUGCUCUGUGUUUGCGAUCACGUUGUUCUCGAUUGCGACGCUGGAGAACAACGCUGGGUUGGCGGGUCUGGCGAUCACGUCUGCGCUCAAUUUCACCGAAAACGUCUACUGGGCGUGCAGAAACUGGACCGGGCUCGAGCUGGAUCUCAACUCAGUCGAGCGUGUCCUGGAAUACCUCGACCUGCCGCAGGAGCCGAGCGAAGGUGUCCGGCCCCCGGCGUACUGGCCGUCCAGCACGUCCACAAACGCCCUGGUGCGCGUCGAGGACCUGGAGGUGCGCUACAGCCGCGAGCUGCCCGCGGUGCUCACGGGCGUGUCGUUCGAGCUGCGCGCGGGCGAGCGCAUCGGGCUGGUCGGGCGCACGGGCAGCGGGAAGAGCACGCUCGCGAUGAGUCUGCUGCGGUUCGUCGACCCGGCGGCGGGCCGGAUCGUGGUGGACGGGCGCGACAUUGCGUCGGUCGGCGUGCAGGACCUGCGCUCGCGCAUCGUGUUCAUCCCGCAGGACGCGACGCUGUUCUCGGGCACGCUGCGCGACAACCUCGAUCCGUUCGGCGACUUUGACGACGCCGCGUGUCGGGGCGCCCUGCGCAGCGUGCAGCUGGGCGCGCAGCUCGCGCUGGACAGCGAGGUCUCUGCGGGCGGGGCGAAUUUGUCGCAGGGCCAGCGCCAGCUCGUCGCCAUCGCGCGCGCGCUGCUGCGCCGCGCGGCGAUCGUCGUCAUGGACGAGGCGACGAGCAGCGUCGACUUCGAGACCGACGCGCGGAUCCAGGAGAGCGUGCGCACCGGAUUCGGCGGCGCGCUGGUGAUCACCGUCGCGCACCGCCUCAAGACGGUCGUCGACUACGACCGCGUGGUCGUGCUCGACAGGGGGCGCGUCGUCGAGAUUGGCGCGCCUUUGGAGCUGAUGAUGAGCGACGGCGGGCUGUUCAGGAGCAUGUGUGUGCAGAGUGGGAAAUUUGAGGAGCUGGAGAGUCUCGCGAGAGGCAAGGCUUAGUAGGGACUGUUGACUGGACUUUGGCUCAUCGGACAUGAACAGAUAUUACCAAGUAGAUGCUAUCGUUUUACACACUGCGUGGGUUUGGAGGGCUGGAUCAUUAUGACAAAACAUGAAAAGCGCGUUAAAUGCUACCUGAAUGCACUCUCGAUGAUCAGUCCGCGGACGGCCUCAAAAGAUUCAAGACCGUGAGCGGGUGAUCGCGAUCGAUCCCACUUCUUGAUCGCCGGAUUGCCGCUUUAGAAACCCGCAACGCGGUCACGUUCAGAUUGUGCCACCUCAUUCAAAGCGCCUGUCCCAGCUCUUAUUUAGAG